CCCCACGACCUCGGCGGCCGCAUCCAGCGCAUCCGCCGCUGCCUCCUCUUCGCCUUCGUCUCCCCUUGCGCGUCGCCGACCAUGUCGCGUCUCGCGCCCGACGUGGCCACACACCGUGCCAGUCCCUCGCCCUCCUCUCAUGCCCGGCCUCCGUCCGUGCCGCUCUUCCUGCACGUCCAGCUGCACCUGCCCAUCCUGCCCUACCGGCGCCCCGGCAGCACCGCCGCCUCCGACAUUGCCCUCUCUCUCUCGGCGCACGGCAAUCUCGCCGCGCUGCGCCGCACGCACUAUCCGCGCAUCGAGCGCCGCGCCGCCGACCUGGCCCUCUGGCUGCUGGCCCUCUCGCUGGCGCUGCCGAACCACAUUCUGCCGCCGCCGCCGCCCGCGCCACAGCUGCUUCUCACGUCUCCCCAAUCCCUGCACGGCGCCGAGGCCGCCGCACACGCCGCCGCGUCGCACGCCCACGCGCGCGCCCUGGCCGCCUGGUUCUCGCGCCUCCUCGCGCUGCCCGAUGUGCUGCGCCAUCCCGCCACGCCGGCGCUCAUCGACGCCGACUUUGCCUACGUGCCUGUGCUGCCCAACGUCGGGCCUGGCGCCGCACCUGCCGCUCAGCGUCGUCUCGACGCCGCCAUCUCCGCCGUUCGCAGCGCGGGGAACCUCUCCGUCGAUGUGGGCGCGGGCCUAGGGCUGCCCUCGGGCGCCGUCACUACAUCUCUCGCACUGCGCGCAGCACAGCCAAGCAAUGCGGGCCUGUUUGGCAGCUUGCGAGCGGCGCGACAGGUCAAUGGCGCAAGCAGCGCAACGGCCAUCAGCGGUGCCGACACGGACGAGGAAUUGGUCGCGGCCAGAGCGGAGGUGACGAGAUUGGAGAUGCAGUUCAGAGCGGCAGCGGAGAGGGGGGAGAGGAGAGAGGAGAGCGGAGCUGUCCUGACGGGCGCUCUAGCCGCACUCUCCGCCCGGCUCGAAGCACUGGCUACGCUCGAGGCCACGCGUGCCAUUCCAGCGCGCGAAGGGCUGCCAGAUGUGUUGCAGCAGACUGCCUCUGCCUUACGAGCGCUAGCAUUCGAGCGAGACACCCUCUCGGCGCACUCGCAUCUCCACCUUGCCCAUCCCCUCUCCUAUCAAUCGCUCGCAGCACGCGCAGCGCGUGAUGCUCUGCUAGUCCGCCAUGGGCUCGUCGAUGCCGCGCACGAAGCCGCGGGCACAGCUAUGCUCAAGCGGCGCGAGGCGGAGAAUCUGCGGGCCCGAAGCGCCGCGGGUGGGAACUUUGAGCGCGUCGAGGCCAAGCUGGAGGAGUUGCAGGAGGCUCGUCAACAAGCUGCGCACUUGGCUUCUCAACUGGCCUCUCUCAGUACUUCACUGCGUGCCUCUCUCGCCACGCACGCACGCGCCACGCACAAGGAUCUGCACGAAGCGCUGCGUAUACAUGCGCGCGGUGCACGCGCUGCGAAUGGCGCCAUGCUGGCGCACAUGGUGCGGCUGCAGGCAGCCGUGCGUGGCGAGAGCGAGGUGGAGCUGCCGCCGGAGCUUGAGGCGGAGGCGGGGCAGCAGAACGUGCUGCUGCCGCAGGAGGAGACGAGGGAGGUGUAUGGCGAGACAAGUGCGCCCAUCGUGGGUGCUACGCAGGAUCAGACGCAAGACCAAGCGGAGGCGCCGCAGCGGCGGAGCAGCGAGGCUGCCGCACCACAGACUGCACCUCCAGCGGCGCAAGACAGCCAGACGCGCGAGUACUUGCAGCAAGCCGUCGAGACGCAAGCACGACCGAGCACUCCACCUCCCGCCGUCGCGAGUGGACCUGCACCGACCCCGGACGCACGGUCCGACACGCCUCGCGCAGCAGCAGCGCCCAGCGCUCCUCCCUUGGCAUCGCCCGCCGUCGCUCGGCCCGCGCCCUCGCCCUCGCCGACUCCCAGCACGCCCGUUCCCUCGCCGGCGCCCAAGGCGACUUUCCAGCCGCGCGGCGCAUCCUACUACUCUUCAGGCGGCGGCGGCAACGGCAACGGCAACGUCCCGCCUCUAUCUUUCGUGCCUGCAGCGCAGGCGCCGACACGGACUAUGCCGACCGCUGGACUGCCGCGUACACCUGCGAGCGCGGGCUUUGCGCAGCAGCAACAUCAACAGCAGCCUCAGCAGCCGCCGCACCAGCAACAGCAGUACCAACCAGCGCUUGCAUCGCCGGCGGCGCAAGGCUCACCGCAGCGUCCCUACGCCGACGGCUCGCAAUCGCCCGCAUCGCGUCUCGCCUCUCAGCGUGCGCCGCUGGACGCAAGUGUCCCUCCGCUUUCCGCCAGCGUGCCCUCUCUUCCGCCCUCCUCGGCGAGCGCCGGCGCUCCGCCCAGCCCUUUCGGCAUGCCUAAUUCGGGGCUUGCUGCGUCCGGCACGCUGCCGCGCCUCGGCGGCGCAGGAACGCUCAACUCUGGCGCCUCGGCAUGGGGCGCUUCUUCGACGCGUCUGAGCGCCGCUGAUGCGGCGCGAAGCCUUGCUGGCCGUUUCUGAGCCCGCAUGCGAGAGAUAUCAACCAUCCUCCCUCUCACCCUUCCGACGACGCAGCACCUGCUCUGCACUCUUGCCAUCUCAUCUACAUACCCUUGGCCCAUGCGCAAUGCAAGACCAUCCCUGC